CCGCUGUACGCGCGGGUGCAGAAGCCGCCGCAGCGCACACCCAGGGCACACGGCGGGCCCGGGGACAUGGCCGCAAUGAUCAAGGUGAAGAAGGAUGAGGCGGACCACGACGGCGGCGGCCCGCCCUAUGACACGCUGCACGUCUACGGCUAUGAGGGCUCCCAGUCCGUCGCCGAGUCCCUCAGCUCCCUGGGCACCGAUUCGUCCUACUCCGACACCGAUUACGACUUCCUCAACGAUUGGGGGCCCAGGUUCAAGAUGUUGGCCGAGCUGUAUGGCUCGGACCUCCAGGAAGAGCUGCUGUAUUAG